UCUUCUUUUCUCUCUCUCUCUCUCUAGUAUGGAGUUCCUAGCCAAUGGCUCAUCAGGAUCAGAGAAGCCUCUGAAGCUCCUGAUCUAUGGCCGGACUGGCUGCAUAGGUGGGCUUUUGGGAAAACUUUGUGAGUCCCGAGGCAUCGACUUUGCCUACGGCUCUGGACGCCUCGAGAACCAGAGCUCUCUAGAAGCCGACUUAGCAGCUGUCAACCCCACCCACGUCUUCAAUGCAGCGGGUGUCACCGGCCGCCCCAAUGCGGACUGGUGCGAGUCCCACAAGACCGUGGCCAUCCGCUCCAAUGUCAUCGGCGCCCUCACUCUGGCCAAUGUCUGCAGGAACAAAGGCCUGAUCUUGAUCAACUUCGGCUCCGGCUGUAUCUUCGAGUACGACCCGGAGCAUCAGCUCGGAUCGGGUAUCGGGUUCAAGGAGGAGGAUGAACCCAAUUUCGUCGGAUCCUUCUAUUCCAAGACCAAGGCUAUGGCUGAACAUUUGCUCAAGAGCUACGAGAACGUCUGCAUACUCCGAGUCCGAAUGCCGAUCUUCUCCGACUUAUCCCAUCCCCGGAAUUUCAUCAAGAAGAUCACUCAGUACGAGAAUGUUGUCAACAUUCCAAAUUCCAUGACCAACCUCGACGAACUCCUCCCGAUUUCCAUCGAGAUGGCAAAGAGAAACCUCACUGGUGUAUGGAACUUCACGAACCCUGGGGUGAUGAGCCACAACGAGGUUCUAGAGAUGUAUCGAAACUAUGUCGACCCGAACUUCACAUGGAAGAACUUCACUCUGGAGGAUCAAGCAAAGGUGCUUGUUGCACCUAGGAGCAACUGUGAGCUUGAUGCCACCAAACUCAAGCUUGAGUUUCCCCAGCUCUUACCCAUCAAAGAAUCCAUCUUCAACUAUGUGUUCAAGCCAAAAUAAGAUCGACCCCGAUUUUCUGUCUCAAAAAACCUUUAGCAUGUGGGAAUCUUCACGCAUAAGAAUCUUGACAUGUUAGACCGUUUUUGAAAGAAAAUCCACCUAUU